AUGGCAGCGGGAGUAGCGGCAUGGCUUCCCUUUGCCAGGGCGGCAGCGAUUGGCUGGAUGCCCGUUGCCAAUUUGCCCAUGCCAGUGGCACCCACUGAGAAGAACAAGAGGAAAGAUGAGCUAAUCAUUCUCAAUGUCAGUGGACGGCGCUUCCAGACCUGGAGGAACACAUUGGACCGCUAUCCAGACACCCUGCUGGGCAGCUCAGAGAAGGAGUUCUUCUACAAUGAAGAGACCAAAGAGUACUUCUUUGACCGGGACCCUGACGUCUUCCGCAGCGUGCUCAACUUCUACCGUACAGGCAAGCUCCACUAUCCACGUUAUGAGUGUAUCUCUUCCUAUGAUGAGGAGCUGGCUUUCUUUGGAAUCGUCCCAGAGAUCAUCGGUGACUGCUGUUAUGAAGAGUAUAAGGACAGGAAGAGGGAGAAUGCAGAGCGUCUGAUGGAUGACCAGGAGGACAAUAAGGAUGCUAAGCUGCCCAACAUGACCUUUCGUGAGACCAUGUGGCGGGCUUUUGAGAACCCCCACACUUCCACCAUGGCCCUUGUCUUCUACUACGUAACUGGCUUCUUCAUAGCUGUCUCUGUCAUCACCAAUGUGGUAGAGACGGUGCCCUGCGGCACUGUGCCCAACCAGAAGGAAGUGCCCUGUGGUGAGCGCUACACCGUGGCCUUUUUCUGCAUGGACACGGCCUGUGUCAUGAUCUUCACCGUGGAGUACCUGAUGCGCUUAUUUGCUGCGCCCAGCCGCUACCGCUUUAUGAGGUCCGUCAUGAGCAUCAUUGAUGUGGUUGCCAUCUUGCCCUACUACAUUGGCCUGGUGAUGACUGACAAUGAGGACGUGAGUGGUGCUUUUGUGACACUCCGUGUUUUCCGCGUGUUCCGUAUCUUUAAGUUCUCCAGGCACUCGCAGGGCCUACGCAUCCUAGGCUACACACUGAAGAGCUGUGCCUCGGAACUGGGCUUCCUGCUCUUCUCCCUCACUAUGGCCAUAAUUAUCUUUGCUACCGUCAUGUUCUACGCAGAAAAGGGUUCAAGCUCCAGCAAAUUCACCAGCAUCCCAGCCUCCUUCUGGUACACCAUCGUUACUAUGACAACGCUCGGAUAUGGAGAUAUGGUUCCUAAGACAAUUGCGGGGAAGAUCUUUGGUUCAAUAUGCUCUCUGAGUGGGGUGCUGGUAAUUGCCCUGCCUGUCCCUGUCAUCGUGUCCAACUUUAGCCGCAUCUAUCACCAGAACCAGAGAGCAGACAAACGGCGGGCACAGAAAAAAGCCCGAUUGGCCAGGAUACGAAUAUCCAAGACAGGGAGCUCCAAUGCCUUCCUCCACAGCAAGCGCAACGGCCUGUUCAAUGAAGCUCUGGAGCUCACGAGUUCCACUGAGGAGGAGCAGCGGUUAAGCAAGUCUGCCUCUCUAUUAGAGAGCCAGCACCACCACCUGCUGCACUGUCUGGAGAAAACCACUAACCAUGAGUUUGUGGAUGAGCAGUAUUACCAGCAGAGCUACCUGGAGGCAGGGCUGCAGAAUUACCCAUCUCGAAGCCCCUCCCUCUCCAGCCAAGAUGGCGUGACGGGCACAUGCUGCACCCGCCGAAGCAAGAAGCACCACACCCCUUUAGCAAACGCCAGUGCCCCAGCACACAUGCAGCCUUUGACACACACGCACACACACCAACAAGGUUUGCAAGAGCUCAGCACCAUCCACAUCCAGCCCCUCAGCACCAGCCGCUCCAGUCUGAACAUGCGUGUAGAUGAGCAAGCAUCCCUGAACUGCCAGAGCAGCCAGAUCACCACAGCAAUCAUCAGCAUUCCCACACCGCCGGUGACGACUCCUGAGGGUGAUGCUCAUCUGCCCGCAGUCCCCGCCCACCAGAACGUUGUGAAGGUGUCCGCACUGUGA